AUGGCGCUGAGCAAAGGGCUGCGGCUGCUCGGGCGGCUGGACGCCUCGGGGGAGUGCAGCGUCCUGCUGGAGGCGCGCGGCCGCGGGGACUGCCUGCUCUUCGAGGCCGGCACGGUGGCCACGCUCGCUCCGGAAGAGAAGGAGGUCAUUAAAGGCCAGUAUGGGAAGCUCACGGACGCUUACGGCUGCUUGGGGGAGCUCAGGUUAAGAUCCGGUGGUGCUUCCCAGAGCUUCCUGGUUUUGGUGACAGGCUGCACAUCUGUGGGCAGAAUUCCAGAGGCUGAAAUCUACAAGAUCACGGCCACCGACUUUUACCCUCUACAGGAGGAGGUCAAGGAGGAGGACCGCCUCGUAGCCUUGAGGAAAAUCCUCAACUCGGGGGUCUUCUACUUCUCAUGGCCCAAUGAUGGGUCCAGCUUUGACCUCACCGUCCGGGCGCAGAAGCAGGGCCAUGACAGCGACGAAUGGGGGAGCUCCUUCUUUUGGAACCAGCUGCUGCACGUGCCCCUGAGGCAGCACCAGGUGAGCUGCUGCGACUGGCUGUUGAAGGUCAUCUGCGGCGUGGUGUCCAUCCGCACGGUGUAUGCCUCGCACAAGCAAGCCAAGGUCUGCCUCGUGUCCCGCAUCAGCUGCGAGCGCGCUGGCGCUCGCUUCCACACCCGCGGCGUGAACGACGAUGGCCACGUGUCCAACUUCGUGGAGACUGAGCAGACGAUUUACAUGGAUGACGGAGUGUCGUCUUUUGUCCAGAUCAGAGGCUCCGUUCCGCUGUUUUGGGAGCAGCCAGGACUUCAGGUUGGCUCUCAUCAUCUGAGACUCAACAGAGGCCUCGAAGCCAAUGCCCCUGCUUUCGACAGGCAUAUGGUGCUGCUGAAGGAGCAGUAUGGGAAGCAAGUGGUCGUGAACCUGCUGGGGAGCAGAGGCGGAGAGGAGGUGCUCAACAGAGCCUUCAAGAAGUUGCUCUGGGCCUCUUGCCACGCCAGCGACACGCCUAUGAUCAACUUCGACUUCCACCAGUUUGCCAAAGGUGGGAAGCUAGAGAAACUGGAGAACUUGUUGAGGCCGCAGUUGAAGCUGCACUGGGAUGACUUUGACGUGUUCGCCAAGGGCGAGAAUGUAAGUCCACGUUUUCAGAAAGGCACUUUGCGGAUGAACUGUCUUGACUGCCUGGACCGAACCAACACGGUGCAGAGCUUCAUAGCACUCGAGGUCCUUCAUCUGCAGCUCGAGAGCCUGGGUCUGAACUCAAAGCCCAUCGCAGACCGCUUUGUGGAGUCCUUCAAAGCCAUGUGGUCUCUGAACGGGCACAGCCUUAGCAAGAUGUUCACGGGCAGCAGGGCCCUGGAAGGGAAGGCCAAGGUGGGGAAGCUGAAGGAUGGGGCUCGGUCCGUGUCUCGCACUAUCCAGUCCAACUUCUUUGAUGGGCUGAAGCAGGAGGCCAUUGAGCUGCUGCUGGUCGGGGAUGUCUGCACCGAGGAGUCAGCAGACAAGGGAAGGACGCUCCUGGACAACACGGCCCUGCUGGUGACGCCCAGGAUCCUGAGAGCCAUGGCAGAGCGCCAGUCAGAAUUCACGACUUUCAAGCGGAUCCGCAUUGCCACGGGGACCUGGAACGUGAACGGAGGCAAGCAGUUCCGGAGCAACCUCCUGGGCACGGCCGAGCUGGCCGACUGGCUGCUUGACUCCCCCAGGCUCGCCAGCCUCACAGGCUCCCAGGAUGAGGACAGCCCGGCUGACAUAUUUGCCGUGGGGUUUGAAGAGAUGGUGGAACUGAGCGCAGGGAAUAUCGUCAAUGCCAGUACCACCAACAGGAAGAUGUGGGGUGAGCAGCUCCAGAAAGCCAUCUCACGCUCUCAUAGGUACAUUCUCUUGACUUCGGCACAGCUGGUGGGCGUCUGUCUGUAUAUCUUUGUACGUCCAUACCAUGUCCCAUUCAUCAGGGAUGUGGCCAUCGACACAGUGAAGACAGGCAUGGGGGGAAAGGCCGGGAACAAAGGGGCCGUGGGCAUCCGCUUCCAGUUCCACAGCACCAGCUUCUGCUUCGUGUGCAGCCACCUGACGGCCGGGCAGUCCCAGGUGAAGGAGAGGAACGAAGACUACAGGGAGAUCACCCAGAAGCUGAGUUUCCCAAUGGGAAGAAACAUUUUUUCUCACGAUUAUGUGUUUUGGUGUGGCGAUUUCAACUACCGCAUCGACCUCACUUAUGAGGAAGUCUUCUAUUUUGUCAAACGCCAAGACUGGAAGAAACUUCUGGAAUUUGAUCAGCUGCAACUACAGAAAUCAAGUGGGAAAAUUUUUAAAGACUUUCAUGAAGGUGCCAUUAAUUUUGGACCCACCUACAAGUAUGAUGUUGGCUCGGCUGCCUACGACACAAGUGACAAGUGCCGCACCCCUGCCUGGACAGACAGGGUCCUGUGGUGGAGGAAGAGGCACUCUUUUGACAGGACAGCUGGAGAACUCAACCUUCUAGAAAACGACGUAGAUGCUGACAGCACCGUCACACAUUCCUGGUCUCCUGGUGCCCUCAAGUAUUACGGCCGAGCCGAGCUCCAAGCGUCUGAUCACAGACCCGUGCUGGCAAUCGUGGAGGUGGAAGUUCAAGAAGUUGAUGUGGGUGCUCGGGAGAUGGUGUUCCGGGAAGUGUCCUCUUUCCAGGGCCCCCUGGAUGCCACCGUCAUAGUCAACCUUCAGUCACCGACCUUAGAGGAGAAAAACGAGUUUCCUGAAGAUGUGCGCACAGAGCUCAUGCAGACCCUGGGCAAUUAUGGGACGAUCGUUCUUGUCAGGAUCAACCAAGGGCAGAUGCUGGUGACUUUUGCAGACAGUCACUCAGCUCUCAGCGUCCUGGAUGUGGAUGGUAUGAAGGUGAAAGGCAGAGCCGUGAAGAUCAGACCAAAGACCAAGGACUGGCUGAAAGGUUUGCAAGAGGAGAUCACCCGAAAACGGGAUAGCAUGGCCUCCAUGUCUCCCACUGCCAAUUCCUGUUUGCUGGAGGAAAACUUCGACUUCACAACUCUGGACUAUGAGUCAGAGGGGGAUAUCCUCGAAGAUGACGAAGACUAUUUGGCGGAUGAGCUAAGUCAGCCUGUGGUCUCGGACGGGGAGAUGGGCGGGGACAGCCUCUCUGAAGCCCCCAGCCCCACAGCCGCGGUGCCCGCCGGCAAGUCACCUGCGCUCAACAAAAAGAAGCCGCACCCGACCUACCAAGAUGACGCUGAGCUUGUGGCAGUAAAGCAGGAGCUGGAAGCAGGUGGAGAUUUCCGGCACCGUUCUCCAAGCAGGUCUCUGUCGGUGCCCACUCGGCCUCGGCCGCCUCACCCACCGCAGAGACCGCCCCCUCCAACUGGUUUAAUGGUGAAAAAGUCGGUGUCGGACGUGUCCAUCUCGUCGGGCACCCACGGGCAGUACUCGAUCUUGCAGACGGCCAGACUUCUGCCGGGAGCACCCCAGCAGGCACCCAAAGCCAGGACGGGGAUAAGUAAACCCUAUAACGUCAAGCAGAUCAAAACUACCAACGCUCAGGAGGCAGAAGCAGCCAUCCGAUGUCUCCUGGAAGCCAGGGGCGGCGCCCCAGGAGACGCCCCAAAUGCCACAGCCCUGAGGGACCCAGGCCCUUCCAAACCAGAGCCCUCAGCAGGGGUGGCCCCGCUCCUGCCCCGGCGGCCUGCACCCAGAGUCCCUGCCAUCAAGAAGCCAACCUUGAGGAGGACAGGGAAGCUCGAGUCACCGGAAGACCAGUGUGGGCCGCAGACGGCCCAUUUUACCAUCGGGCCCCCAGAGACGAGCCCCGAACCCCCUCCUCUAGCAGCCGCCCCUCCCGUGCCCAAACCGAGAUCGCUGCAGCCCGGGAAGGGCGCCGAGAGGAAGCCGAGCGGGGGGCCACCCGCCCCGGACGAUGGCCCCGCUGUGGCCGUCCCGCCGCACCCGCGGGAGGAGCCGCCCCCCGCGCCCCGGGCGCCCCCGAGGAGGAAGAAGUCCGCCCCCGCCGCCUUCCACCUGCAGGUGCUGCAGAGCAGCAACGGCCUCCAGGCGCUCGCCCUUGGCAGCCCCGGCAGCCACCGGCCCCCAGCUCGCCCACCCGACGACGACGGCCCCCUGUCCCCUCCACCCGCUGGCCUCGGCCCUUCCCCCGUGGCGAGCCCCGACACCCACGGCGCCAGGGAGCCCCUGGCCGAGACGGCCUCCCUUCUUGGGGACUGUCGGGAUCCCUUCUGGAGCCUUCUCCACCACUCGAGCCUGCCGAAGAACGCCUGGCUUUCCCAGAGCAACGACCCGGUGGACUCGGGGACCGGGGGCCCGCCAGGAGCACCCCCCGCCCCCGCUGCCCAGGAGCUGCCUCCGGGGCGCGGGCCGGGGGAUGUAGGUGCCUGCGGGACAGGCGGCGACAAGGACCAGAGGACGGUACUGCAGGUGUUUGACCCGCUCGCGAACACAUGAGGAGGGAGCGGGGACAGCGGCGGCCGCACGAAGUG